CACAAGACAUCCUGAUCAGAUGAAUUUACAGUCAGUACUGUGAUAAUCUUCUGGUGCUCUUCAAGCAAUCGAAAAAACAUGUUGCAUGUUGUGAAAGUGAUAUUUGUGUUAUUAGCCAUAAGUUCUGCUCUCGACAUUCAAGUGUCAGCAACUUGGAAAGAAUUUUGGAUCAAGCUGUGGACACCAGAAGAGGAUUUCAAAUGGGGAGAUAAUUGCGACCGUAAUUGCAGAGCAGUUUGCAUUACAGAUUUGAGAAAUAGUGAUUACAGUAUCGGAUCUCGUUGUAACAAGGAAGGCUGGUGCAUCUGCUCAAAAUCGGAUGCGACCGCCAUCAAGUGGUCAAGUAAAUUAUUGCCGUUAACUUGUCUCCUAUUCCUCUAUAAAUUCCACUGGUAAUACAUUUAUAAAUGGAGCCACUUGCUCCGAGGACAGGUUCAUAUUUGGAUUUGAUUAGAUAUCUGUUAUCAUUGCGAUUAUUCUUCAAGUGCAUUACACGAAUAAUUCUCUGUACAUAAAAAAAAAUAAUAUAUCACCGAUUUCUUAACGAU